UAAUCGACUCGACGGUGUUAUAUGAAUUAAUAUGUUUAGGUUGGGGUGGGGUAGGAAGGGCUGCGAGUUGCAGAUUUUCCUCGUUUGUAUCGCAGCACCCCUAGCCCCUGCAAAUACAGAGAGGGCUGACUGUAUGAUUCACACAUCUGAAAAAGUAAUACACUACAUGUAGUAUGGUACUUGAUGCAAUGUUUUUUCAAGCAAAUUUUAACUGCUGAGUAAUACUGGUAAUACUGGCUGUAGCGUUAUGGAAAGUGAUAAUGGUAAAUAGUAAUUAGAAAAGAAUAUAUUUUAUUACCUCUGAGAAAAAUCUGAAGAUAUUAUUUAAUGGGUUGGGGUAUGUAGCUAAAGCAAACCACGAAGACAAGUCGAGUGAAGCAGGGGAAAUAACCCCAACUUCCGGAAGUGCUAACGCCUUUCGAUUUAAGACACGUAACGCUGACUGGAUCUCAAAUAAUAAUCAGUUUUCACACGAACUCAUAACAUCAACUCUUGGGGUUUUUUUCCGAUGUCGACAAGAGCCAUGGAGCCCAUGGAUUUCGAUGAAGACAAUCCUGAGGUCGCAAGAAUGGGUCAGUCUAGAACAUACAGAUUAACUCCAGCAAAAUUCGUUCCAUAUUCAUCUUCAAGCUUAUCGGGUAGUCAGACUCAGUCUUUGGAUGCAGCUCUGCUGUCUGGCUCGCCAUGUAGACGUACAAUCUCUGCAACUAACACUUGGCCACGCUGGAACACGUUUUCCGUCCACAACCCAGCUGUCGAAUCUGACUAUGACAGUGCUGGAAGUCUUAGCUUCAAUCCAGCCAUGGAAAGUUCUCAGAGAAGGGCAACUCCUGUAGAGAGUUGGACAAGUCAGAGACAAACAGGUUACCAGGAGGAAGGAAAUACAUCAAUGAACUCAAGUGACAGAAGCGAUGUUUCAGAAAUAGAGGCAAGUCAGUGUUCUCCUUCUCCAUCCUGGGAUCGUGUCAUCUCUGCAUUCAAAUCUAUAACAAUGUUUAAAAGCAUGUCUGAUGUAGACCAGACAUCUCAUCUGGAUGCACAACAGUAUGCAGAUAAAAGGAAAGACCAAGGAGAUGUGAACACAUGGUCUACCAGACCAUCUUCACCAGAAAUGGUGCGGAACCGAUCGUGGGAGCCAGCCCUGAGUGUUACUCGGUCAGUGACAACAUUGAAAAGGAAAAGAUCCAGCGCAAAAUCACCAGAGAUGCAGCGUUCUAAAACAUGUGUAAGCCAAGUACAGGCAACGCCAAUCAAGAAACUGUCUUGGGAGGGAGAUGGUCACAAUGCAACUGAAAGUACCAAGCAUGCCUCCAGGAUGGCCAACCAGCCAGGUGAAUCAUCAUCCUUCUCUUCAUCACAUAGUACCUGUAAUCAAGGAGAAUCAGGUUGUAAAAAGUGUUAUAAACUCUUUUUUGCUUUGAUCAUAGGAACUUCCGUCCUUAUGGGUGUUGUAUUUCAAAUUCAAGUUGCUCACCACCGUAAACACUUUGCUGAGUUUGAUGCAGAACUGCUCAGAAAUGAAAUGGCUUCUAAAGUUUUUGGGCAGCAUGUUGCUAUUAAUGUUGUACCUCAGUAUAUUCAAAAGUACCUGCAACUGUUGAAUGAAAAGAGAGAAAAAUGCUCAGUGGAGGACUGUCAACAGACUCCUCUUGUCUUGUCUUUCCAUGGAUGGACAGGUGUGGGAAAAAACUUUGUGAGUGACAUAAUUGCAAAACUCUUUCCUUCAAAAACUGUGACAAAGCUACUGGUUCCAUACCAUUUUCCACAUGAAACUCUUGACCACCUUUACGAGAUGCAGGUUGAAAACUGGAUUCUGUCAAACACCACGAAAUAUCAUAUUAAUAUUUUCAUCUUCGAUGAAAUGGAUAAGUCUACAAGUGGUGUUGUGAAAGGUCUCCAAAAGGCUAUUAGAAAACUUGCAAUCUCAAACUCUGUGUAUUCUCCAUCAAUUUUUCUCUUGUUGUCCAACACAUUAGGAUCAGACAUCAAUAGGCAGACAUUUCAGGCAAUGCUGACUGGCAAAGAGAGAGAAAGUGUUAGUGCUGAUGAGUUUUCUCCUCUCUUCAGUAGUUGUUCUGAUCCUUGGUAUAAGAGUUUCCUGUCUGAAAACCUGAUCUCGGCAUCUGUACCAUUUUUACCAUUAGAGAAGCAGCAUGUGGUGCAAUGCAUACGCCGUGACCUAGUUUCAAAGAAAAUGUCCACUCAGCCAGACAUGGUUGCACGUGUUUUGAAUGAACUGACCUUUGUAACAUUAGAGAGUGGUCACCAGUUUUCGCAGACUGGGUGCAAAAGAGUUUUUGAUAAAGUGAAUCUUGUUAUGUUCACUACUUAGACUGGGCACAUGAUAACUGAUAUACAAUAUCUGUCUUUCAUUUUUUCCUUGUCCUUUGUUGAAAGAAAAAUUAAAAAGCAAUUAUUAUUAAACUGCUGGCAUAACAUUUUUCAUUGUGAAAAUUAUGACAUUGUUAAUCUAAGUACAAACUGAUGGUGAUGUGUACAAUAAAUGAUAAUUUGCAUUUUCCCCCCAUUUGAAUAGGAACUUCUAUUUUGGCUGAUGAUUGUCAAAUAAAGUUGCUGUACAGCUGUUUUGUGAUGGUGGUGUCCAUUUAAAAAAAAUAUGAUUAUAUAAGAAUUACUACUGUUUGUAAAGAAUGCUUUAAGACCAUCUUCCUACAUAUUUUGUACAUUUACAAUUUAUUUAUGAAAUACAUGUACAAAAUUUG